AUGAUUGAGGAACCCUUCUCUCUGAGUGAGAGGCGCUGCUCCAGUGACUCCAACAAGGUGGGGAUGUGUCCCCCUAUGACAACAACUUUCCAGUGCUGUCAGAGCGCCUGCUCUCCCAGGGCCAACUCUCUGAAAGGCUCUUCAGAGUCCCUGAGCAGUACACACUGGUAGGCCACGUCAAAGGUUGUCCCAGCGACAGCUACCACUCACCAUCCACAGGCAAAGGGGAAAGGAAAGGGAAAGGGGGAUAUACCUAGUCAGAUGUACAACUGAAUGCAUUCUACUUAAAUGUGUCUUCCGCAUUUAACCGAACCCGUCUGAAUCAGAGAGGUGCGGAGCUGCCCAAUGGUCGAUUUGUUGACCAUUUCAUACACCGUAUUGUAUAUUGCUGCUUAAUAUGAAGAGUAUUUAUUAUUUCUACAUUAGACACACCUGAUGAACAUUUCUGGGUUGCCUGGCAUUCCUCUCUAAGGAAAGGGUUUAUGGAUCAUCAUAUCAGGCUGUCCUGUAGCUCAGUUGGUAGAGCAUGGCGCUUGCAACGCCAGGGUUGUGGGUUCGUUUCCCACGGGGGGCCAGUAUGAAAAAUGUAUGCACUCACUAACUGUAAGUCGCUCUGGAUAAGAGCGUCUGCUAAAUGACUAAAAUGUAAAAUAUCACUGGUGCGUUCAUUGUCUUUGAACAUAAUGUAUUGUUCUUUGAAACCCUGCAACCUAGAAUAAAUUACAUGUAGACUACAGUGGCUUGCGAAAGUAUUCACCCCCCUUGGCAUUUUUCCUGUUUUGUUGCAUUUAAAUUACAGGUUGUAAUGCAACAAAAUUGGAAAAACGCCAAGGGGGAUGAAUACUUUUGCAAGGCACUGUAUGUGGAGAUAAGACUUUGAUUAUGUGUAAAUGGUUUCCCCCAGGUUCCCAUAGAGACGUUUCAGAAUGCAGCUCUUGUGGCUCAUUGGAGGGAUUCGACGGUCACUAAGUUAACAACAGCAAACAGCCUGUCAGACAAACUUACACCUCAAUUGUUGUGCCUGAGUGCAGGCCACACCCCCCAGUGACUCUCUGCAGCAGCAGCCCUCUGACGAAGAGAGGGCAGAGAUUGGAGGGUACAGACCUGUUAUUACAUUUCCAACCACCGGGCCAACCGGGGGGCUGCAACUCAGAGGACAUUGCACUAAGGGGCGGAAUGGGACAGCCUGCCAGUCCCUCCCUCAGAGGCAGGCCUGGCUGCAGGGUGGACGGAAGGCCUCCCCCUUCCUACCCUGGUCCUCUCAGAGGAACUCACUCCACACCUUCCCUCUGCCUCUCCAGAAUCCACAACGGCCUCCCCAGCGCAGCAGCAGCCCAGGGCCCCAGACUGUGGCCCCUACGACCCCCUACUCUGGUCCUCUGGAAGGGAAAGUGUCAGGCAGCCCAGAGUGGCAGAAGGAGAGGUGGCAGAUAGGGCAGCUCCUAUCAGCAGACAAUACAGACAUUCUACCAGAGACACUGGUGUGA